UGUACAAAACCACUUUCUGUUCUUCUCGGCCAAGGAGGUGGAGGUGGGCGUGGAACCGAACCUCAGAGACCCUGAGAUAGUCACCAUGGGGGAGAACGACCCUCCGGCGGCCGAAGCCCCCUUCUCCUUCAGGUCCCUGUUCGGCCUGGAGGACCUGAAAAUAAGUUCUGUCGCACCAGAUGCGGACGCAGUGGCCGCACAGAUCCUGUCGCUGUUGCCGUUGAAGUUCUUCCCGAUCAUCGUCAUUGGGGUCAUCGCGCUGAUCUUAGCUCUGGCCAUUGGUCUGGGCAUCCACUUCGACUGCUCCGGAAAGUACAGGUGCCGGUCGUCCUUCAAGUGCAUUGAACUGAAGGCUCGAUGUGACGGCGUCUCAGACUGCAAGGCCGGGGAGGAUGAGUACCGAUGCGUGCGCGUGAGCGGUCAGAACGGCGUGCUCCAGGUGUUCACGGAGGCGGCCUGGAGGACCGUGUGCUCUGACGACUGGAGAGGUCACCACGCUAACGUCGCCUGUGCCCAGCUGGGGUUUCCAAGCUACCUCAGUUCAAACACCCUUCGAGUGGACCUGCUGGAGGAGCAGUUCCAAGAGGACUUUGUCUCCAUCAAUCACCUCUUGCCAGAUGACAAAGUGACGGCUCUGCACCAAUCGGUGUACGUGAGGGAGGGAUGUGCCUCGGGGCGUGUGGUCACCUUGAAGUGCACAGCCUGUGGUCUGAGGAUGGGCUACAGCGCGCGCAUCGUGGGUGGAAACAUGUCCUCGCUCGCACAGUGGCCCUGGCAGGCCAGCCUUCAGUUCCAGGGCUACCACCUGUGCGGGGGCUCCGUCAUCACCCCGGUGUGGAUCGUCACCGCUGCCCACUGUGUGUACGACCUGUACACCCCCAAGUCGUGGACCAUCCAGGUGGGCCUCGUUUCCCUGCUGGACAGUCCAGCCCCCUCCCACCUGGUGGACAAAAUUAUCUACCACAGCAAGUACAAGCCCAAGAGGCUGGGCAAUGACAUCGCCCUCAUGAAGUUGGCGGGGCCGCUCACCUUCAACGAGAUGAUCCAACCAAUCUGUCUGCCCAACUCGGAAGAGCAUUUUCCUGAUGGGAAGCUGUGCUGGACGUCGGGAUGGGGGGCCACGGAGGAAGGAGCAGGCGACGCCUCCCCAGUCCUCAACCACGCAGCUGUGCCUUUAAUCUCCAACAAGAUCUGCAACCACAGGGACGUGUACGGCGGCAUCGUCUCUCCCUCCAUGCUCUGUGCCGGCUACCUGAAGGGCGGCGUGGACAGCUGCCAGGGAGACAGCGGGGGACCCCUGGUGUGUCAGGAGAGGAGAGAGUGGAAGCUGGUGGGAGCGACGAGCUUCGGCAUCGGCUGCGCGGACGUGAACAAGCCCGGGGUGUACACCCGGAUCACCGCCUUCCUGGACUGGAUCCACGAGCAGAUGGAGAGGGACUUGAAGACAUGAAGAGAAAGGGGACAGGCCACCACGCCGAGCUCCUGCCCUGAUGGAGCCAUCCCCCUCCCCCCGUGGACUCCUGGUGGAAACUGUGGACCGAGCGAAGACUCCAGCGCUCGGCGGGGCCGAGAGGAGCAUCCGAACAUCUGGGACCACUCGCUUCUAGCACCUCUGAUGAGCCACUGGGGCCUUGGACUGAACGACCUUGAAGCGCCUUUCCAACCUUCCCUAAGAACCCAAACAGGAACGUCUCCAAAGUGCUACCCUUUCCCACUUGUCAAUGAGGUUUUCUCCACGGCAGUCCUUCAACCCGAGUGACAACGUGAGCAAGUCUCGCGUGCACAGUGCUGGACCCUCUGGCCACGCGGGGAAGAAGGGCUGGCCCAGAACUGCAGGCGCUCGGCCACUGGCCACGCACUUCUAUCCCCAGGCACCGGCACCAAACACACGUUUCCUCCGUCCAAGGUUUCCUUCUGCGUGAUUAGUGUAAGGUUUAUUUCCAUUCUGUUUUGUAGCACUUGGUACCUAUGUGUAUUGUCCCCUGCUCCCACAGGACAGACGCGCCCUCGUCUGUCCGUGGGAGCCUGUCUCAUGUGCACUGACCGCUCGUGUAAAUUGAAAUCACAAGC